GGUGCGGCGGCGGCGGCGGCGGCGCGGGGCGGCCAUGGCCCGGUGGGGCCCGGCUCAGGAGCCCGAGUGGGGGCCCGAGCCCUGGCAGCCGCUCCCGCCGCAGCCCCCCGUGGCCGUCCCGGUGCCGGUGCCGGUGCCCAUCGACGGGGACAAGCAGCCGCCGGUGGCCGAGAUCUCGCUGUGGACGGUGGUGGCGGCGGUGCAGGCGGUGGAGCGGAAGGUGGAGUCGCAGGCCCUGCGGCUGCUGAGCCUGGAAGGGCGAGCGGAGACGGCCGAGAAGAAGCUCUCGGAGCUGGAGAAGGCGGUGCUGGACUUCGGGGGGCAGCUGGAGCGCAAGUGGGCCGCGCUGGCCGCCCUCGUGCAGGAGAGCACGCGGCGCCUCGAGCACGUCGAGCGCCAGCUGCGGCACCGCGGCUGCUGGGCACCCCGGCCCGGACUGGGUCCCGGCGGGGACGUGCCCCAGGUCCCCACGGCGGGUGAGGAUGACGCCGCCUGUUUGCCAGAGCAGGAGUGGGGCGGCUUGGACAGCCGUCAGCAGGAGCUGUACAGGAUGGCGGUGAAGGGGAGCUACGAGGCCGUGGUCUCUCUUGCAGGUGAGAAGAUCGUGAUCAAGACAGAAGAGCAGCAGCCGCAGGAGGAAGGAUCAGAAAGCCUGGCGCUGCCGCAGGCACCCUCGAUGAGGCUGGAAGAGGAGGUUCCCCUGAGCCAGGAGCUGCCAGUGCCCUGGGAGAGCCACACCAGCUUGGACGAACAGAAGGGAGCUGGAGAGGGCUUAGGGGAGCUCUGCAAGCAUGGGGCCGCCCAGCCUGAAUUCAAGCCCGUGGUUGUCCCGGUGGAAGCUCGCCCUGCCCCGGCCUUGCCUUUCCCGGCGGAACACGGGCACGGCGCGGGGACCGACCAGCCGUUCACCCUGCCCCAGGGGAUGCCGCUGGGAGAGGACACUGCCGCGGAGGCUGCCUCGGCACAGCCCGGCGCCGAGGAGCACGGCCCGUGUGCCGCUGGGGACGAGCCCCACGCGCUGCCCCUGGGCUGGAAGAGCGUGCGGCUGAAGCGCAACCUCCUGGCGCGGCAGCAGAGCCACGCGCGGAAGAACAACGGCUCCUUCAUCUGCACGGCCUGCGGGAAGAGCCUGGCCCACCACGCCGCGCUGCUGCGGCACCAGCGCCUGCACACGGGCGAGCGCCCCUUCCAGUGCCCUGCCUGCGGCAAGAGCUUCAACGAGAAGUCCAACCUCAACAAGCACUACCGCAUCCACACCGGGGAGCGGCCCUACUGCUGCCCUGCCUGCGGCAAGGGCUUCAUCCAGAAGCACCACCUCCAGAAGCACCAGCGCAUCCACGGGGUGCAGCUGCGGGCGGGCUGGGCGGGCCGGCCCGCGCGGGCCAGCGCGGCCGGGGAGCGGCUGUACCGCUGCAUCGAGUGCGCCGAGAGCUUCCCCCUGCAAGCGUCGCUGGAGGAGCACCAGCGCCGGCACACCCAGCAGCGACCCUUCCAGUGCAACGGCUGCAGCAAGAGCUUCCGCCACCGGCAGUCUCUGAACCACCACCAGAAGGUCCACGCCACGGCCAGCACUCCUGCUGCCGGCUUGCCCAACCACGGCCAGGAGCCGGGGAACGUCCCCUGCAAGCCGUCCACCCAGGACAAUCCGUAACGCGAGGGCUGCGGACGGGAAGGGGCAGUGUUUCUGCAGGCAGAGAGGUGCAGCGGCCCGUGAGGGCGGCACGCGGCGGGCAGCUGGCGUCGCAGCACCGCGGGGCUCUCCGCACCCCCCCUGCGUCCCCUGGGACGAGGACGGGGCUGGCAGACGCACGCUGUGGGGGCGCGACCGGCCCGAGACCAAGCGGAGGAGGUCCAGCAGCAGGGGCUGCGCCGCUGCCCCGUGGAAGAGGGCUCGGCCGAAGAGUGGCUGCUGCGUGUUUGGCACCGUGGGACGGGGAGCGGAGCACUUGAACUCAGGGUUACUUAAAUCCUACCAGCUUCGAGGUCGGUUGGGGGAGUUUGGUGGCCUGGGGAGAGGCUGUUGUUGCUGGGACAGCCAGGGUCACCGCACGACUUGGGAGAGAUGUGGAUAAAAGACUGGGCUGA